AUGGACGACGAGAGUGCCGGCUGCGUCUCGCUCCUCGACCUGCCGCACGACGCGCUCUCGCGCAUCGUUUCGCACUGCGCGGCGGCCGACCUCGUCGCGGGCGUCGCGCCCGCGUGCACGCUCCUCCGCUCCGUCGCGUGCGACCAGAGCCUCUGGGAGGACCUCUUCCGCGCGCGGUACGCGCCGCUGCUGGCGCGCCUCUUUGGUGGCGAGCCCCCUCGCGCCGCGGCGGCCGACGCCGGCUGGCGCGCCUUUUACUACGCCUUUCGAAGGUCGUGGCCGGCGCUGGCUGCGGAGCGGGGCCACGUCGUGCUGCAGCUGGGCGAUCAGUACUACGACGUGACCACGUACCUCGACGACCACCCCGGCGGGCCCGAGUACCUGUCCGACGCCGCCGGCACCGAUGCCACGGGCGCGUUUGACGCCGUCGGCCACUCGAGGCACGGCCCGACCGGCGCUGCGUGA